CAGCAUAAACACAGCCCGACACAGACACUCCCAUCUCUCUCGAACGCUUUGUUAUUAUAAAUUCAAUAUGGACCCCCGUGUAAUGUCUCCCUACUUGACCGGUCUGUCCACCGACGAGCUCGACAUCCACGACAUCGACUUUAUCCCGCCGUCACCACCACCGCCCGCCGACCUCGAUUUUAACGCCAUCGACUUCAGCGGCGACCUCUUCCCUCAUACUCCAUCGUAUCAAGGGUCUCCGUAUUCCCUUCAUUCAGAGCUCUCCGACGAACCGCCCACCGAGUACAAUCCUGCAGACUUUGACCCUUCUCCUUCAGGCUCUUUGCUCAUGAUCAACGACUACCCAGCCUAUUUCGACGCCCCAACGCCAUCCGAGCACUCCCAUAGCCAGUCGCCUCACCUUCCCCCGGCCAACCUCGACGUCGCGCAGAGCUUCGAGAACAUGAGUUUCCACAGUCCUGGCUGGGGUAACGCGCCGCUACCUGAAAGCGGGAGUAGCGGAAAACCUCCCAGUCCACCGAGGCUGCUCAUGCCGGAGGAUCAAACAUUUGGUGUUCCCCCACCGACGAUAAAUGCGCCAGAUGGCGAUGGUUCGGGAGGCGGACCGCAUUUGCGGAUAGUGCCUGCGACGCCGGUGAGUGGCGGGAAUGCCGCACAGACAAACAUGGGCGAUUACGGCCAUGCUCAACGCCCAAACCAGUCAUAUACUCCUCCUCCUCCCCAGCCUUCCCCGUCUCUGCUCCCUCCCCAGUCCCAAUCCCAGGCCCCGUCCCAGCAGCCCUAUUCUUUCCCCCCCAGACCCCCAGGCUCCCCUCAGCAUUUUCUUCAUCCUACCCCAGGUCGGUCACGCUCCAAAUCCGAUUCUUCCCCCGUCCAUCCUACGUGGGAUACUCUAGGUCUUGGCGGCAUGGGUCUCGGUCUUUCAGGCGUCCCGUCCUACGCCAAUCCUCCGGACGAGGCGGUAGACACUUCCCAGUUCCUCAACGGUUUCCUGUCUCCGUCAGAUGAUGGUAACGUUGUGUCACUCAGACGGAGCAAAAGCGACAUCGGCAAUCAGCCUGUAAGAGGUCAUGUAAGGGGCAGCAGGAGUGAAGAUAUGCAUGGCGGAGGUCUUCUAGCCCCCCCUGGCUCAGAAUUUGGUCAUUAUCUCAGCGUCGGGUCUGGUAUGAACAUGAAUAUGGGCAGCGGAAGUCUAAUGGCUGGCAUGGGUAUGGGCGGAAUGGAAUCUCAUCGGGGCCGACAUGUACGCCGUGCCUCGAGUGGCUCUCGCAGCGAGCGAGGUGCCAGCAUCUACGACGGUCCCUCUGCUUCAUCAAACCGUGGCAGCCCGUAUCCAUCUCCCAAUGUGUCACCACGGGGACGAUACACUGAUCUCCAAGAUCCGAGUGUCAUGGCUAGCGUACCUACGGUGAAUGUCGGCGGUCAAACAUUCCCCUUGGUGGUCAGUAAGCAGAACGUAACAACUGGUAGGACCGCCAAGGCUAGUCAUAACCGGCGGAAACAAGAUGCAACGUUUAUAUGUCCAGUUCCCGGGUGCGGAAGUACAUUUACAAGAAGCUUCAAUCUCAAGGGCCAUAUACGCUCUCAUAACGAAGAAAAACCAUUUGUCUGUCCAUGGCCCGGAUGCGGUAAAGGCUUCGCACGACAACAUGAUUGCAAGAGGCAUGAGCAGCUGCAUUCCAACUAUCGACCUUUCUCAUGCGAGCCCUGUGGAAAGAUGUUUGCCAGGAUGGAUGCUCUCAACCGACAUCUAAGGAGCGAAGGAGGAGCAGAGUGUGCUAGAGCCCUAGAAGGUCGGGGACCGGAGGGCGGGACAGGGUCCACACCGCCUGUAGCAAACACCAACGGUGGGGAGACCCUCAAAGUCGAAGCGGACUGGGAUGGUGGAGCUGGACUUGCUUUAGCCGUAUAGCAGGACAAGGAGUUUUCUGUUUCUUCUCUUUCGCUUUCGUUCUCUUCUACGGAUUCUUGAUACCUAUUUAUUGACUUUUUCUGCCUACUUGUGUAGAUUACUUACGUGCUGGUCUGGCUUUGCUUUUUGUAUUGAAUAUCUGAACUCGAAUCAUGAAGAUAUUACAUCUCACAACAGGCUUCGAUAGAAGAUGCCCUAAUGUUCAGGCUGCAACUAUGAACUCAAAAAUUUGCACAAUGCAUCCUGUC